AUGAUGACAGAAAAACAGAUCAUAAUUGGAAAGUGUCUAUCUGUGACUGAUGGAGACACGAUCAAGUGCACUCUGGUGCAGAACAUGAGCAAGUACUCCUUUCAUAAGCCAUUGAUCAAGAUCAGGAUAUCAGGAAUUGAUUCGCCUGAACUUGAUCACCAGAAUAUGGAGAAUAGUCAGCAAUUUGGGGUGGAAGCUCGUAAGGCAAUGGCCGAUAUGGUGCUGGAUAAGGAGGUAGUCAUUGAAAUUCUGGCUAAAGACAGGUAUAGGCGGUAUUUAUGCAUUGUUUACACGAAGGAUGAGAUCAAUACGAACCUGAGUAUGCUGAAAUUGGGGCUGGCUGACAUGUACAAAGGUCCAAAUGCCCAUUACGGUGAGUUUGAGAGACAGUUCAAGGAUGCACUGGAACAGGCCAAGAAGAAUAAGGUUGGAAUGUGGUCAGUUGAUGACGUAAUCACACCAUAUGAGUACAAGAAGAACAAGAAGAACUCGCACAGAGACAGACUUGACAUUGAGACGAGUGAAUCGUGCAUUCACGGACUGUAA